GGGCAGGUCUGGCGGCAAUAUGGCGGCCAACGCGAGCACCAACCCCUCGCAGCUCCUGCCGCUCGGUGGGCAGCGCUGUCGCCGGGUUCUCGCGUGGGCUCGGGCGGAGAGGGAGGAGGGCUGCGAGCGGGGUGGGAGAGGCCGUAACAGGGGCUAAAUCGGGAUCUAUAAGUGAGAAACAAAAUUAGUUCCCCCCUCCCCGUGGUGAGGAAAUACGUGCUCCGGGCGUAGCGUUGCUGUGAGGAAACAGCCGUUGCUCCCGAGCUUGUGGACAAAUGUAUAGGUUCUCGCAUCCACAUCGUGAUGAAGAGUGAUAAAGAAAUUGUUGGAACGCUACUAGGGUUUGAUGACUUUGUCAAUAUGGUGUUAGAAGACGUUACAGAAUUUGAGAUCACGCCUGAAGGCAGAAGAAUCACAAAACUAGACCAGAUUUUGCUAAAUGGAAAUAACAUAACAAUGCUGGUUCCUGGAGGAGAAGGACCUGAAGUAUAAGUUGAUACAGAUGUCAUCUAUGAAGACAUGUUCUAUAUCAUCUAAAUAGAGCCUUGGGGGUCUGGGUGGUUUUUUUUGGUUGUUUGUUUAUUUACACACUUGCAGUUGACAUUUGAUAAAAAGCAAAGAUUUCCUGUUCAGGAAAGGUGCAUUGCUAAUGCUGACUUUGUAAGUUGAAAUCAUGACUUUUUUGUAAAGACAUACUAAUUUGCUCAGAAUAAAGGCUUUUGUUAAGUAUUGUAUUUUGUUAUUUAAGUGCAUGAGUUUGUAAGAACUGUUUUUCUAUUCCAUCAACGAGUUUAAAACCGUGUUUCAGUUACUGUCAGCUUUCUGGUUUAUUGCAUUCAUUUAUGACCCAAUCCUAUAUAAAAUACGAGCAUAUUUCUUAAAUGGAAUACAGACAACACAAAGCUGGAUCCUUUGUUUAAACUCUGCUUCAUGCUGUUGCACCAGAAACCAUGUGGAAGAGUACUGUAGGAUUCUGGAAACGCUUGCCAAGUGAAUGGAUCUAUUUGAUGCUCAGCAGCCUUUGGUUCUGCUGUGUGAGUUUCAGCCCUCUUGGCCACCUUUUGUUUGGUAUAUACACUUUCUUACAGUAAAGGUACUAAUUAUAUUUGACAUACCUGGCCUGAGCAGGCAGGCCAAACCUUAGUCCAUGUUUUGCAGUAAAAGGCUGGUAAAACUUCUCAAUUCAUGUCAGUGAUUAUUUCUUCUUUACCACUAAGUGGUGCUGUGUGUAUAGGUCCUUUUGCUUUGCUUUAUCUGACAAAAGAGCUGUCUUCUGUUAGUUGGGUUUCAGAUUGACAUACGUUGAGAACUUGCUUUAGCCUUUUCAGAGAAAAGAGGCUCUCCCUUCUCCACGGAACAUGCUGUAUUAAGACCUAAUUCUUCUGGAUAUCUGGAUAUCAUCUGCAGUUGUCAUCGUUGAACCUAAGCAUUACAUUACACUCUAUACCAUUGGCUCCCUGAAUAGUUUUUAAUUUUCAGCUUUUUUUAAAAUGUCAACUAAAAUACUUAAAAAAACCAACACUUUUAUUAAAACAUCUAUUUGUUUG